GCACGUAUUAGUUAAGAUUUAUUAAGUGCUGUGUGUACACAACGCCAUGGCAACAAGACGGCGGUUGGCCCCUGGCGAGGGAGCCGACGGCCGGCGGCAGCGCAGCCCUUACGGCAGUGACGGCUGCGGCGCCGAGUCGAGCAGCAUGGAGCCCGACAAGCCGGAGAAGAAGGUGCUGGAGGACGCGCGGCUCGACUUCCUCGCCAACUUCACGCUCAAGUCGCUGCGCCUGAAGCCGGAAAAAUGGGCCAAGAUGUGCGCCAACGAGGACAACUUCCUGCUGAUGACCGGCUUCCUGAACGCGCCCGCCGAGAAGGUGCUCGUGGUCACGCUGAGUCCGCUCAUGCAGCUCACGCCCGUGCUCGGCUUUCCGGCGCCGCUCAAGAGCAAAGCCGUUUUCUUCGUCCGCCGCCUCAGGGAGAAGGCCACCCUCGAGAACGUGCGAACCGUGCUUGCCUGCGGAGACCUCGCACCCAGGCCAGGCGAGCAGCUCGCCGUCCUUGUCGACACAGUUCUGCUAUCUCUACUGGUAAAUCCGUCCAACCAGAAAGGCUGGCCUAAUGCCGUGCCGCAAGACGUUUACUUGAGCUCAUAUAGCCUACGCAACUGCAUACAGCAGACGUUGAGCGAAAUGCGCGGCCAAACCCUGCUUCCAAUGCCACACGGCAUCGACAGCAUCCACCAGGUCGAGCAGGACAUGAGGGAAACGGGUGGUGCGAAAAUCGAUCAGCACUUAAAGAGCGCUAUCGAGUCUACAGUGGCCAAGUGGGUGGCCCAGGUGAAUAAAGUACUGAAGCAGGAGUCGACGGAGGCGUCGGCCACCGACCGGCACCCGGGGCCGUCGGCGGAAAUUGCUUACUGGCGCUCCAGGCAACACAACCUGCAGGCCGUCUACGAACAGCUGCAGGACGAGCGAGUGCACAAGAUGGCCCUGGUUUUGGCAGGAACUGAGUCGAAUUACUACCACACCUUCACCAAUUUCUUCAAGAACCUCAUCACAGCUUUGCAAGAAGCAAAGUCCGUGGCGACGCAUCUGGGCACACUGGAACGCUACGUAGACGCAUUCACGAACGCAGAGCUGCCGGAGGCGGCGGCUGGCCCCCUGAACUGUUUGUUGCACCUGGUGUGCCUCAUUUGGGCGCACUGCCCUCACUACCGACGCGCUUCGCGCCUCCUCACCCUGCUCAGGCAGAUUAGCAACCUGCUCAUUCAACAGGCCAAGUGCUACAUCGACGCCAAUGCGCUUUUUCAAAAUGAAGUGGAAGAUGUCAACAUUCGCGUGAAAGCAGUCGUUUCCACGCUCGCCGAUUAUAAGAACAUGAUUGAACAGCACAAACUCGGAAUAAAGAGGUAUUUUAAAGAAGAAGAGCCCGUAGAGUGGAAGAUUUCACUGCCUAUGGUCUUUGAGAGGAUCGACGCAUUCACAAACCGACUCCUCGUACUCCAGGAUUACUUCACGACUGCGAUCGAGUUUCGCAGGCUGGAAAGGGUCGAGUUGGAGGGAACGAAAGGGCGCCAGCUGAGCCAGAAAGUUGCUCAAGUUUUGGCCCAGUUCGAGUCCCUUUUAAGCGAGUUCGCUAACAGCUCUUACGACGCGCUUGAGCCGGAAGACCCACGAUUCCAGGCUCACUUCAUCCAUUUCAAGAAAAAGGUUAAAGACCUAGAGCGCCGAAUGGCCGUCGUCUUCUGCCAGGCGUUUGACGAGUGCAACACACCAAACAGCAUUUACAAAUACAUGUACGUCGGGGCAGCCCUGCUGGAGCGGCCGCUGGUGAAGCCAGAGUUGACGCCCAAGUUCGGUCGCAUCCUUGAAAUGCUCGAAGCUGAGCUAGACGCCGUCGAGGUUUUGAUUGCUGCGCAAAAAGGGCAAAAGUUAACGAGCCAGUUGGACAAGAACAUGCCGCCGGUGGCAGGCACUCUCAUGUGGAGCAGGAAACUCAAGCUCAGGCUCCAGGAACCCAUCACCAGCUUCUUUGAACUGACCAUUCCAUUAAACAAAUCGGAGAGAGCAGUAGAAGUGAAGAAAAGAUACAAAAACUUGGUCGUGACGAUCGAUCGAUUCGAAGAAAAACUUUUCCAAGAUUGGUCAGAGGAAGUUACUCAUCUGUCUCGUGAUAAUUUACAACAGGCGCUUCUAUUGAGAAAGUUAAAUAAAGAACUCGCAUUGAACUUUCAUCCUCAGCUCGUAAGUGUUUUACGCGAGGUUCACUACUUCAUGAAGCUCGGCUUGCACGAGAAAAUCCCCGCAGUGGCGUUGGAUAUUUACGCUCGUAACGAGACUCUCCGACAGUACUCUGCCAACCUGAAUCUGGCAAUCAAUUGGUACAACCGUGUGCGGAAAUUAAGUCAGCCGGUCGAGUUUAGACUGCUCGAACGUGAGGUUCGUGAGCUCGAUUUGGAAGUCGAUCACGCACAGCAGAAUCUCAACUGGGACAGCGAAGGCGUAUGGGAGUUUAUAGCAAAGCUACGAGACAAUGUGCAAGAUUUGGACUCGCGCCUGCGAACGACGCAGCGGAACGUGUGCAAUAUCAGGACUGCUGCGUCAGCGUGGUCCAGAGAGCCACUACACUCGCGGGGCAAGAGUAAAAACCCUCUGCCCAUGCCACAACCUUAUGACGAAUCUAUCGUCGCGCAAAACAAAAGAUUUAAAGAGGUGGUUGAUGCGGGCCAAGAGGUCCAAAAACUGAUGCUGGAGAACAGAAAGCUUUUCUGCCAAACUAAAAGCGAGGGAGAAGCAGAAGACAAGGAGUGGCAGCUCCUCUGGCAGGAUUACGAGGACUACGUCGAUGACAUAGUGUCGAAAUGCUUGCAACAGGCCGUAGGCUGCAGUUUAAACUACAUUCUUGACGAGAUGACGCCACGGAAAGGGUUGACACCCUUGUUUGAGGUUAAGUUGGAGCUACUCGGUCAGAAAAUGGUUUUCAAGCCAGAUCUUGAGCCCAGCGAAAAAGAUUCGUUUGCGAUGUUGCUUGAGGGCCUAUUAAAAGAAAUCGCUUACAUAGCAAAGCUUGUGACUAGGGUAGCUUCGCGGAAGCAGCAGGAAGACUAUUUUACCGACAUAAAUGAGAAUGCGGACAUCAGCGAGAUGAACACUGACAUUUCCAGUAGAGUGGUGUUAGCUAUUGAAGAAGCAAUGAACUACACUUCUGAAUACGAAAACUAUUCAUACCUAUGGCUGGAAGACAAACAAGCGUUUUUGCAAGAUUUUUUAACGUCUGGCUCAAAAAUUAUGGGUGGCGAUGAUGUCAUUCCUGUCGAUACGAAUAAGGAUGUGAACGUUAUCGCUGAAGAUGAGACUGAAGAAGAAGCAGGACCACCGAAAAUUGAGCAAUUCAAGGAACAGAUCGAUGCGUUUGCCACAUUGCAGAGUGAACUAUCAAACAUUCCCGACAGGAAAAUUUUCCACAACUGGCUAAUGAUCGACCUGCAACCCUUCAAGCAGAGUCUGCUGAACGAAGCAGGACAGUGGGGCGCCAUGAUGAGGCACCACCUGGAAAACCACGUCAUCAGCAGCUUGUCUUCAUUGUCCUCUUUCAUAGUGGAAGCCGAAGCUGGCUUGCAGAAAGCCGUCAAAGAUAACGAUUACCAGUCCUUGGUUAACGUAAUGAGUUUCUUAAGACAGAUAAAAUCCAGAGCGCUAGAAACAGAUCAGAUGUUUGCUCCACUUCAAGAGACGCUGGAGCUUUUAGCAGUGUAUGACCACGAAAUGCCAGAGGAAAUACACGUUUUGCUUGAAGAACUGCCACAGCAAUGGCGAAAUUUGAAACUGUCUGCUGACAUGGUUCGACAGCAAGUUGCGCCGCUCAGAAGCAUCCAGCAGGAACUGAUCAAACGCAGAAUCCACGACUUUGAAGGGAGACAAGCCAAGCAUUACGAAAGAUUUAAGAAAUCUCUUUUUUUCAAGUAUGAUUGUUCCAAUAGCUACGAGUUACUGAAUGCAGAAGACGCGCUGCUGUUCGAACUGGAGAGGGAAUUUGACCACAUACGUGACACAGCGUCACUGUUUGAGGUUUUUGUCCCAGAACUGAGGCCAAUUGCUAAUUGCCGACGUGACAUGAAGCUAGUAAAGCAUCUUUGGGACUUUAUUGAAAUAGUGAGGUCCUGCAUCGACGACUGGAAAACAACACCUUGGAAAAAGAUUGACGUUGAAAAUAUGGAUAUUGAGUGCAAAAAAUUUGCUAAAGAAAUCAGGAUGAUGGACAAAGAGCUGCGGCACUGCGACGCCUACCUAGCACUGGAGGCGACAGUUCGAAAUAUGAUCACCAGCUUACGAGCGGUGGCCGAACUGCAGAAUCCUGCGAUACGAGAGCGUCACUGGGAGCAACUGAUGGCUGCCACAAAGGUGCAUUUCAUCAUGGACGCGAAGACGACCCUGAACGAGCUGCUGGCCCUGAGAUUGCAUCAGUUCGAGGACGAAGUGCGCGGCAUCGUGGAGCAGGCGGUCAAGGAGCGCGGAAUGGAACGCGUCCUGCGCGACCUCGAGGAGACGUGGCGCACCAUGCGCUUCGAAAGGGACUCGCAGACAGGGUGUGGCUGCAGUGUGCUCAGGGCGUCCGAGGAGCUGAUCGAGACCCUGGAGGAGAACCAGGUGCAACUGCAGAACCUGAUGGGCUCCAAGUACAUCGCCUUCUUCCUCGAGGAGGUUUCCGCGUGGCAGGUCAAGCUGUCCAACGCCGACCAGGUCAUCAGCAUCUGGUUCGAGGUGCAGCGAACCUGGCUGCACUUGCAGUCAAUUUUCAUGGCCUCUGAAGACAUUCGACAGCAACUGCCGGAGGACUCGGACAGGUUCGACCACGUAGAUUCCGAUUUCAGGAAAAUGCUGGCAGAAAUGAAACCGCUUGUGGUCGAAGCGACGAACAAGCCGGAACUUUAUGAGAACCUGGAGAAGCUUCAGGGUCAACUUACUCUCUGCGAGAAAGCACUGGCAGAGUAUUUGGAGACGAAAAGACUCGCAUUUCCGAGGUUUUAUUUUGUCUCCUCAGCGGAUUUGCUAGAUAUUUUGUCCAACGGAAACCAUCCUUUGCGCGUUGCAAGGCAUUUGACAAAACUUUUCGAUUCAGUGGCGCAUUUAACCUUCAAAGACGUUACGAUAAUAACUGAUGUAAAAGAUAUUGCUUCCGGAAUGAUCGCCAAAGACGGUGAACUCGUGGAAUUCCAAUCUGAACUGGAAUGCAGGGGACCGGUAGAGAUCUGGUUAGGCAGGCUAGAGAAGCACAUGAAAAGCACGAUCAGGCAGUAUUUGGAAAAUGCCGUUACAUCCUACGAAGAUAAACCCAGAGACCAAUGGCUUUUUGACUACCCUGCUCAGGUCGCUCUUUGCGGGUCUCAGGUUUGGUGGACGGCUGAGGUUGCUGCCGCUUUUACUCGCUUGGAGGAAGGUUACGAAAAUGCACUCAAAGACUAUCAAAGAAAACAAGUUUCGCAGCUGAACACGUUGAUAUCUCUAUUACUCGGCGAACUGACGAAGCAGCAAAGACAGAAAAUCAUGACAUUGUGCACAAUCGACGUGCACGCAAGGGACGUUGUGUCGAAACUAGUGCAGCUGCGAGUGGAAUCUGUGUCUGCUUUUCAGUGGCAGAGUCAGCUGCGGCACCGGUGGGAUGAUAUUGGGAAAGACUGCUUCAUCAAUAUUUGCGACGCACAAUUUCAGUACGCGCACGAAUACUUGGGAAACACACCGCGCCUCGUUAUAACGCCUCUCACCGACAGAUGCUACAUUACACUUACUCAGUCACUUCAUUUAGUAAUGGGAGGUGCACCAGCCGGUCCAGCUGGAACCGGAAAGACUGAGACAACCAAAGAUUUAGGACGAGCUUUAGGAAUGAUGGUCUAUGUUUUCAACUGCUCCGAGCAAAUGGACUACCAGUCGUGCGGAAACAUCUACAAAGGACUUGCUCAAACUGGAGCCUGGGGUUGCUUUGACGAAUUUAAUCGGAUUUCUGUUGAGGUGCUGUCAGUUGUCGCUGUGCAAGUUAAAAGUCUGCUGGACGCAAUAAGAGAAAAGAAAAAAACGUUCGACUUCCAAGGGAAUGAAAUAUCACUUGUGCCUUCAGUCGGAAUUUUUGUUACAAUGAACCCUGGAUAUGCAGGAAGAACUGAACUUCCUGAAAAUUUAAAAGCUCUUUUCAGGCCAUGUGCGAUGGUCGUUCCUGACUUUGAGCUGAUCUGCGAAAUAAUGCUUGUGGCAGAGGGCUUUCAAGAGGCGAGAGUGCUGGCGCGGAAAUUUAUUACGCUCUACUCUCUAUGCCGCGAGUUGCUAUCUAAACAGGACCACUAUGACUGGGGACUGCGAGCGAUCAAAUCAGUAUUAGUUGUUGCUGGAUCUUUGAAACGUGGUGAUCGAGAGAGGCCCGAAGAGCAAGUGCUGAUGCGAGCGCUGAGGGAUUUUAACAUUCCAAAAAUCGUGGCCGACGACGUGCCAGUGUUCAUGGGCCUAAUUGGCGAUCUCUUCCCAGCGCUGGAUGUGCCAAGAAAAAGAGAUAUUGAUUUUGAAAAAUCAGUCAAACAGGCUGCCACAGAUCUUAAGCUGCAGCCGGAAGAUGGCUUUAUUUUAAAAGUUGUGCAAUUGGAGGAACUCCUGCAAGUGCGCCACUCUGUAUUUAUUGUUGGAGCAGCAGGUGCAGGGAAAACUCAAGUAUGGAGAACUCUUUCUAAAACCUAUUCAAAUAUGAAGCGGCGGCCAGUUGUUAGCGACUUGAAUCCAAAAGCGGUUACAAACGAUGAACUUUUCGGUGUCAUCAACCCUGCCACUCGGGAGUGGAAAGAUGGUUUGUUUUCUGCCAUAAUGAGGGAUCAGGCGAAUAUGCUGGGAGAAAACCCUAAAUGGAUCGUGCUGGAUGGGGAUAUUGAUCCCAUGUGGAUUGAAAGUUUGAACACAGUGAUGGACGAUAACAAAAUUUUGACAUUAGCAAGCAACGAAAGGAUAGCUGUUACUCCUUCCAUGCGUCUUUUGUUUGAAAUUUCAAAUCUACGCACUGCAACUCCAGCAACCGUUUCAAGAGCUGGAAUUUUGUACAUUAACCCGCAGGACUUGGGAUGGAGCCCGUAUGUUUCGAGCUGGCUAGAGAAUAGAAGUUCGGCCGAGAAAAAUAAUCUGCAGAUUUUGUUCGACAAGUACUUGCCCAACUGCGUGGAAAUGACGAAAAGUGGGCGAUUUAAUCAGGUCACACCUGUGACGACAGGCUCGCAGGUGCAGACCCUGUGCCGCUUGCUCAGCUGCCUUCUCAAUCCAACUAACACGCCAUCGGAUUGUCCGGCCGAUUGGUACGAAACGUAUUUCAUCUUUGCUUGCAUCUGGGCGUUCGGGGGUGCACUGACCCAAGAUCAGAGCUUGGAAUUCAGCAAGUGGUGGCAAUGCGAAUUUAAAUCAACAAAAUUUCCCGCCGACUGCACAGUAUUCAGCGUAUUUGUGCACCAUGAGACGAAGAAAUUUACACUCUGGCAGGAAAAGGUUCCGAAAUUUGAGCUUGACCCGGAAGUUCCACUCUUGUCGACCUUGGUCGCGACGACGGAAACGACCAGGCUCAGAUUUUUCCUCGAUUUGCUGAUGGCAGAUCGGCAUCCUGUUAUUCUAGUCGGCGGUGCUGGCUGCGGAAAGUCGGUUUUAGUCAAUGACCGCCUUGCCGCAUUGUCUGAAAAUUUUAUGGUUGCAAAUGUUCCGUUUAACUACUACACAACAUCAGAAAUGCUGCAGAAAAUAUUGGAGAAGCCGCUCGAAAAGAAGGCCGGGAGAAAUUAUGGUCCACCAGGGAGCAAAACGCUUAUAUAUUUUAUAGACGAUCUGAAUAUGCCAGAAGUUGACCCAUAUGGGACUGUUCAGCCGCACACAAUUUUACGGCAGCACCUCGACUACGGGCAUUGGUACGACCGCACAAAAUUGACGCUGAAAGACAUUCACAACACGCAGUACGUGGCGUGCAUGAACCCAACGGCGGGCAGUUUUACGAUCAACUCGCGCCUGCUGCGCCACUUCUCUGUGUUCGCCGUCAGUUUCCCGAGUGAAGAGGCCCUCGAGUCAAUCUAUCUGAACAUUUUGCAGCAACAUGUCAAUAGUCCCCAAAAUCAAUUUCCGCUGCAAGUGCACAGAAUUGUGCCUUCAGUUGUCAACGCAGCGCUCAAUCUGCACGCAAGGGCCAGCCAGGUCUUCCUGCCGACGGCCACCAAGUUUCAUUAUAUAUUCAGUUUGAGGGACCUUUCCAAUGUAUUCCAGGGACUGCUAUUUAGCGGAGGUGAAAGCUUGCAAUGCGCUGAAGACCUCGCACGCCUUUGGGUACACGAAACGCAGAGGGUGUAUGGAGAUAAAAUGGCAGAUGACAGAGACUGCGACACUUUCAACAAAAUGUUGAGUGACAUUUGCAAAAAAUGCUUCGAAGACAUUGAUGAGGGGCAUUUAAUGGCCCGGCCAAAUAUUUAUUGUCACUUUGCGGGAGGGUUGGGAGAAGCCCGAUAUUUGCCAAUCCCACAUUGGGAGCAUUUAAGCAAAUUACUGGCGGAAGCGCUUGCGAAUUACAACGAGCUAGUGUCUGCGAUGCAAUUGGUCCUCUUUGAGGAUGCAAUGAUGCAUAUUUGCAGGAUUAACAGAAUUUUGGAGUCACCCAGAGGAAAUGCUCUUUUGGUUGGCGUGGGCGGAAGCGGGAAACAAUCUCUUGCUCGUUUGGCAGCAUUCAUUUCUGGCCUGGAAGUUUUUCAAGUGCAGCUCAGGAGAGGAUACUGCAUUGCAGAUCUCAAAGCGGAUCUGGCAUCUUUGUAUUUGAAAGCAGGUUUGAAAAACGUGGGAAUCGUAUUCAUCAUGACAGAUGGACAAGUUGCUGAUGAGCGAUUUCUGGUAUUGAUAAACGACCUGCUUGCUUCCGGCGAGGUGCCUGAACUUUUUGCUGAUGAUGAAGUUGACAAUAUUGUGUCAUCAUUGAGAAAUGAAGUCAAAGGAUUGGGUCUGCCAGAUACGCGCGAAAACUGCUGGAGAUUUUUCAUCGACCGUGUUAGACGUCAGUUAAAAGUAGUUCUCUGCUUUUCGCCCGUGGGAUCUACCCUCCGCGUAAGAUCCCGCAAAUUUCCGGCCCUCACGAGCUGCUCCUCGAUAGAUUGGUUCCACGAGUGGCCAAAGGAAGCCUUAAUAUCUGUCUCUUCUCGCUUCUUGAAAGAUUUAGAAGUGCUACACCCCGAUUUGCGGACAUCCGCAGCCGAGUUUUUGGCGCACGUCCAUACGUCCGUAAACACGGCUUCUCACUCGUACCUGAACGCCACGCGAAGGUUCAACUACACCACUCCAAAAUCGUACUUAGAGCAGAUUUCGCUUUAUUCAAAACUAUUGAGAGAAAAGGACGCUGAGCUUCGUGCCAGGAUCGAAAGACUCGAGAAUGGCUUAGAAAAGUUGCGCACCACAGCCCAGCAAGUCGAUGGCCUGAAGCAAAAGCUGGCGCUGCAAGAGGUCGAAGUGCAGAUGAAAAACGAGGCUGCGGACAAGCUGAUUCAGAGAGUCGGCGUCGAGACCGAGAAGGUUUCAAAGGAAAAAGUUAUUGCAAACAAGGAGGAAGCGAAAGUGGCGAUAAUAGCGAAGGAGGUGGCAAAAAAGCAACAGGAUUGCGAGGAGGACUUGGUUAAAGCGGAGCCAGCGCUGAUUGCGGCAAUGGAGGCGCUCAAUACUUUGAACAAGGCCAAUUUGACCGAAUUAAAGUCGUUUGGAUCGCCUCCUGAAGCAGUAACAAAUGUGACUGCUGCGGUCAUGGUUCUCCUUUCCCCUGAGGGAAAAAUCCCAAAAGAUAGGAGCUGGAAAGCAGGAAAAAUAAUGAUGGGGAAAGUUGACCAGUUUUUAGACUCACUGGUCAAUUACAAAAAAGAAGAAAUCCACGCAGAUGUUAUUAAAGCGAUUCAGCCCUAUUUAAAAGACAGGGAAUUCAAGCCUGACUUUAUCAGAAGCAAAUCUGCCGCAGCUGCGGGUCUCUGUGCAUGGGUAAUAAACAUCAUAAAAUUCUUUGAAGUAUUUUGCGAAGUUGAACCAAAAAGAAUCGCUCUUGCCGAGGCGAACGCAGAACUUGCAGCUGCGCAGGAAAAACUGCGGAUGAUCAAAGAACAAAUUGAAAGCUACGAAGAACAACUAGCGCAGCUAACUGCUGAAUUUGAAACUGCAACGAAGGAAAAAUUAAGAUGCCAACAAGAAGCGGACAGCACAAACAAAACGAUUGACUUGGCAAAUCGAUUGGUGAACGGAUUGGCAUCAGAAAAUGUGCGAUGGGCAAAAGCAGUUGAUUCGUUGCGGCAACAAGCAGUGACACUACCAGGGGACAUCCUUAUAGUUUCUGCUUUUAUUUCAUACGUUGGCGGGUUCAACCGAAAAUUCCGAUCAGAUUUAUUACAUGAAGCUUGGUUCCCAUUCUUUAAAAAACUACAGCCUCAAAUUCCAAUAACUGAGGAUUUGGAUCCGUUGUCCCUUUUAACUGAUGACGCUCAAAUUGCUGUUUGGAACAACGAAGGCUUGCCAAGCGACAGAAUGUCGACUGAAAACGCCACAAUCCUCACGAACUCUCAGAGGUGGCCGUUGAUGAUCGACCCUCAACUCCAAGGCUUAAAAUGGGUCAAGGCUAGGCAUGGAGACAAACUUUUGAUUUUGCGCUUAACACAAAGAGGAUACCUGGAUCAAUUAGAAGGAGCCCUUUCGUCAGGGUUCACGGUUCUCUUUGAAAAUAUAGGCGAGACAGUAGAUGCCGUUUUGGAACCAUUGCUGGGCAGAAAUUUAAUUAAAAAGGGCCGCGCCAUUCGAAUUGGUGACAAGGAAGUUGAGUACAAUCCAAAUUUCCGGCUCAUUUUGCACACGAAGAUUGGCAACCCUCACUACAAGCCUGAAAUGCAAGCUCAAACCACACUUGUCGACUUUACAGUCACUAGGGAUGGAUUGGAGGAGCAACUUUUGGCCGAGGUGGUCAGAGCAGAGCGACCUGAUUUAGAACAAUGCAAAGCUGAGCUCACAAAGCAGCAAAACGAGUUUAAAAUCAGACUUAAGGCAUUAGAAGACGCUCUGCUUUCUAGGCUCUCCUCUGCUGGUGGAGAUCUCCUCUCUGACCAAGCGCUAGUCGAAAACUUAGAAACGACUAAAAAAACGGCUGCUGACAUCUCAAGAAAAGUUGCUGAGGGAAAAAUCACGGCAUUGAGGAUUGACGAAGCGCGCGAGCUGUACCGAUCAGCGGCACAACGCGCGGCGCUUCUUUAUUUCGUCCUGAAUGAUCUUAACCACAUCAAUCCUGUGUACCAAUUCUCAUUAAAAGCGUUUAGCGUCGUUUUCCAAAAGGCGAUUGAAAGGGCUGCACCUGCUGAGGAAGUCACGAUAAGGGUACAUAACCUGAUUGACUGCAUCACGUACUCAGUGUUCCUUUACACAACGAGAGGAUUAUUUGAAUGUGACAAACUCAUUUUCACUGCUCAAAUGGCGUUCCAGAUUUUACUUGCAAGUGGAGAUAUUCAGCCGCACGAGCUAGACAUGCUUUUAAGAUUGCCAACUAAUGCCAGUUUGACAAGUCCAUUUGAUUUCCUCUCCAAUUCAUGCUGGGGAGCAAUAAAAAGCAUUUCCCAAAACGAGGAAUUCAGAGGUCUCGAUAGAGAUAUUGAGUCGUCGGUAUUGCGAUGGAAAAAAUUUGUUGAGAGCAAAAUGCCGGAGAGAGAAAAGUUUCCUCAAGAGUGGAAGAACAAAACGUCUGUCCAGAGGCUGUGCAUGAUCAGGGCGCUCCGACCUGAUAGAAUGACAUACGCUGUUUCAGUAUUUAUCGAAGAGAAGCUCGGCAAGAAGUACGUCACAAGACAGAGCGUGAAUUUUGAAGAGUCUUUUGAAGAAACAUCGCCAGCAACUCCGAUAUUUUUUAUCCUUUCGCCAGGAGUAAAUCCUCUAAAGGAUGUGGAAGAACUCGGUCUUAAGCUAGGAUUUUCCUCCGCUAAAGGCAAUUUCCACAGCGUGUCCCUUGGCCAGGGCCAGGAAGUUGUGGCGGAGAGGGCAAUGGCCGAGGCUGCCAAAAAGGGUCACUGGGUUGUCCUACAGAACAUUCAUCUGGUCCGCAGCUGGUUGGGAAAAUUGGAGAAGAAAAUGGAGCAGCUCGCUGGAAACGCUAAUCCCAACUAUAGAAUUUUCAUGAGCGCGGAGCCGGCACCCAAUCCCGCGAGUCAUAUUUUACCCCAGGGAAUCCUGGAGACUUCGAUAAAAAUCACGAACGAGCCGCCGACGGGAAUGCAAGCGAACUUGCUGAAGGCGCUCAACACUUUUUCGCAGGACACGCUGGAGAUGUGCUCCAAAGAAGCUGAAUUUAAGCAAAUCCUAUUUGGCCUGUGCUAUUUCCACGCGGUGGUUGCUGAACGACGCAAAUUCGGACCGCAGGGCUGGAAUCGCGUUUAUCCUUUUAACGUCGGUGACCUGACCAUCAGUAUGAACGUACUUUACAAUUAUCUCGAGGCUAACACGCGAGUGCCUUGGGAAGAUCUCAGGUACUUGUUUGGAGAAAUCAUGUACGGCGGCCACAUCACCGACGAUUGGGACAGGAGGCUUUGCAGAACUUAUUUGGAGGAGUUUAUGCAACCAGAUCUUGUCGAGGGCGAGUUGCAACUGGCACCCGGUUUCACGGCUCCGCCAAACACAGACAUGCAGGGUAUCCAGCAGUAUGUGACAGAGAUGUUGCCUACUGAGUCACCACAACUGUACGGUUUGCACCCCAACGCAGAAAUCGGGUUUAUGACGGCAACCUCUGAGUCUCUAUUGCGAACCGUGUUUGAAAUGCAACCCAGGGAUUCUGGGGCUCUUGCAGGAGGUGCUACGAUAUCAAGAGAAGACAAGGUCAAACUCGUGAUUGAUGAGCUGCUUGACAAAUUGCCUGAGCCAUUCAAUAUGAUCGAGCUGAAUGGCCGAGUUGAAGAACGCUCGCCGUAUGUAAUCGUUGCGUGUCAGGAGUGCGAGCGCAUGAACAUUCUCACUUUUGAAAUGCGUCGCUCGCUCAAGGAGCUGGACUUAGGACUCAAAGGGGAACUAACGAUCACAGCGGACAUGGAGGACUUGGAACAAGCGCUAUUCCUGAACCAGGUGCCCGAGUCUUGGGCCAACCGGGCUUACCCGUCUCUCCUUGGUCUCGGGGCCUGGUUCGCUGACCUCUUGAUCAGGCUAAGGGAACUCGAAACCUGGACCACAGAUUUUGUGCUUCCAGCGUCAGUGUGGCUCGCGGGCUUUUUCAACCCGCAGUCCUUUUUGACAGCGAUCAUGCAGAGCACAGCGCGCAAGAACGAGUGGCCGCUGGAUAAAAUGUGUCUGCAAUGCGAAGUUACCAAGAAACACCGCGAGGACAUAACGAGGACGGGAGCUCGGGAAGGCGCGUUUGUGCACGGCCUUUUCAUGGAGGGAGCCCGCUGGGACCUUGAAGGCGGAUUCAUUACCAACUCGAGGCUGAAAGAACUUUUCCCACCGAUGCCCGUGAUCGCGAUUAGGGCGAUCACACAGGAUAAGCAAGAUUUGCGCGGAAUCUAUGAAUGUCCAGUCUACAAGACCAGGGCCAGAGGCCCAACCUACGUGUGGACCUUCAACCUUCGCUCAAGAGAAAAACCAUCCAAGUGGUCUCUGGCAGGUGUAGCCCUUCUGCUGCAGAUUUAAAUUUAUAGUAUCGUGUUGAUUUAAUCGUUAAUAAAGCCGUUGAUUGA